AUAUAUUAUUAUCUUUAUUGACUUAUAUGACCUCAUAAAACGAAAAUAGAAGAUUAUUUUAUUAACUAACUUGAAAAAUACAUGAAAUCAUCUUUUUCAGCAAUUUUUUCAGCAGUAAUCACUAUAUUUUUGUCAUCUUUUUUAUCAUCAUUAUCUUUUGUUUCUAAAGCUUUAGCACUAUCAUCUAACUUCGGACUUUCAUUGUCUAGGACAUUCAAAGAUUCUUCUCGUCUUCUUAGUGGUUGAGAUUCUUCUUCAAGUGUUGUAUUUUCUUUUGAUUUUGGAGUUUCUGGUUUUUCUGUAGGAGGGGCUUCCGGAGUAUGUACUCCAGUAGCCUCUGCAGGCUGUUCACUGGGAAUUUCAAGCGAAUCACUCAUUUUACGUAAAAAUUUUGAUUAAUUUUCAAAUAGAAAUGUCAAACUUACUGUAGAGAUUUUUGACGCUACCAAAGUCAAAACAAAAAUUUAAAUUUUUUUGUACAACUAAAUUUUGUGUUAAAAAAAUUGCAAAACAAUGGGCCAAGAUAUUGAAGAACCGACGGAAGAACCAAUUGAAGAAGCAGCUGCAGAAACCGAAGAAAAACCUGAAACAAACGAAGAUGCUGAAAAACCUGAAGAACCGCCUGUUGAAGAACCGCCUGUUGAAGAAGCAGUCGAUAAUGCACAAGAGGAUGAAGAAGGGGAAGAACUAAAGGAAGAAGAGGACGUGGACAUUAUUGUUGAUACAGAACCAGUUGUGGUUAAAGAAGAAAAAAUAAAGAAAGCCGACAAAAAGGGGAAGAAAGCCGGAGGUGGUAAAAAAGGAAAAAAGAAGAAAGGUGCAGAAGAAGGCGAAAAUCAGGCAGAAUCUGAUAUACCCCAAAAAACAGAAGAUGAUGUAUAUGGUGAAGAGGAAGAUGAGGAAGAAGAACAAACACACCAAACUGACGAAGAAGAAGAACAACAAGAUCAAACUGAUAAGUCUGAACCAGUGGAAAAAGAACCUUCUCUAGAAAAGGUUGACAAAAAAGGAAAAAAAGGCAAGAAAGAGAAGAAAGGCAAAAAAGGUGCUAAAGUUAAACCUGAACCUGAACCUGGAGAUGAAGAAAUUGGAGAAACAAAGGUUCCAACAGAAUCCAUGGCUGAUUUAGAAGCUGUAGGAGAAGAGUCUAAACCAGAUCUGGGCAAAAAGAAGACCAAAAAGGGAAAAUCAAAAUCGAAAGUAAAUCUUGACGAUGAAGAACCCGAUGAUUUAAAAGAAGCCGCUGGAGACGAGUCAAAGGCAAAUCUGGAAAAAAAGAAGUCAAAAAAGGGAAAAUCAAAAUCAAAAGUAAAUCUUGAUGAUGAGGAACCCGACGAUUUGAAAGAUGAUGCAAAGACGAAGAAAAAAAGCAGAUCAAGAAUAAAAACACAAGAAUCUAAAGGAGACUUUAAUAAAGAUAGCGAUGAGGAAUUAAAGAGGCCAAGAAGCAGGAAAAAAAUUAAAAAAGGAGAAUCCACAGACGAGCUAAAAAAAUCCAAAAAAAAGUCCAAAUCCGCUACUGGAAUAACUGAUUCCAAGUUUCAUUUUACGUUAUCAUCAUCAAAAAUGGAUUUCGGAGGCUUUGAUGACGAGUCUGAAUCAUCGGAUGAAGACACCAAGAAGAAGAAAACCGACAAAGAAGCAUCUGGUGGUAAGAAGACGAAAAAAGGCAAAAAAUCAAAAAAAGGCAAAAAACCAAAAGGAGAAGUAAUAGAGGAGGCAGAGGAAACACAAGAUCAAAAAGACUUUAAAGAAGCUAUGGCACAGGUUACCGAAGAAGUCAAAGAAAAAAAAGGGAAAAAGGGCAAAAAGGGUAAAGGAAAAAAGGGAAAGAAAUCAAAAACCGGUAAAGGCAAAAAACUGACGCCAGAACAGCUGGAAAAGUUGCAAAAGGAACAAGAGGAAGCAGCCAAAAAGCAAGCUGAAGAAGAACGACGAAUACUUAUUGAAGAAGCGAAAAAGGCAGAGGAAGAAGACAAACGUCAUUUAUACGAAUAUGGGUUGAGAACUGAACAACUCACUUACGACUUUAACAUAAGAUUGGAAAUAGAGGAAUACACCAAGAAACUUGAGGAUGAAGAAAAUAUAAAAAAAGAGUGGGAAACAUAUUUAGAGUGUAGAACGUUGCCAGAUGGUACCAAAUGUCCAGAAUUAACAACGUAUCUUCAUACGUGGAAUGAUGAAAUACAGCUAACCAGCAUGGAAACAGCUUCAAAAAGAACCACUGACUUAUUAGAGCUGUUGGAAGAACUCGAAGAUGGCCUGAUUCUUGUAAAAAAUGACGAAGGCAAUACAUACAAUAACCUCAUUUGGGUUAGGCAGCUUUUAAGAGAUUGCCAAAACAAGAGUCUGAAUGAAGCCACUUUCGCUCUAUUGCGAUUUGUGGAAACCAAAAUGAACAGAAUUAAUAUGAACCUUGCUGAUUUCGAUUUUCAAGAUGAUAAUAUCAUAUUAAGUCUUUGGUUGAGGAAACAAUUGCCGAUACCACUUCCAAAUCCUAGAAGGCCACCUAGGCCAAGAAUUGACAUUAACUUUGAGUCUUUGAACCUGACCGUUCUAUGUCCUCUUUCACUAGACGGAGAAGGUCUAGCCAUUAGGGCCUUAUACCAUAGAUAUGAUCAUUACAGCGACUUGUCAGCCUCAUUUAAAAUGCCUGAAGUGGAUGAAAUAUUUAAUAUUGGUAAAGAUUGA